AACUUUCGGUGUAUCGAUGAUGGUCGGCUAUUAAUACUGUCCAGUUGUUAGUUGUACACGCAGCAUCGUGACUGUUCGAUAAUAAACGGUGUUUUCCAUUUGAUCAAUUUGCCUGUCGCCAAUUUGACCAAUCAACGAUACGAUUUCUGUGUUUGUGCUCUUUUACGUCCAAUCGAGUUGUUUUCUUUCUCUCUUGUUAUUCGGUGAUCUUGAAAAACCUGGCCUUCGCGAGAGACCUUCAAAAGAAGGAUGAAUCUGCUCGUGCUGUUUGUCGCGUUGAAUGUUCUGUUCGCCGUUGCAUACAAGAACGAACAUUGUCAGACAAGAACGGACGAUCAAGUUAUCUGGGAGUACGACGUGAGGAGAUCGUACAGGAUCGGUGCAUAUCAAGAAGUCGAGGCAGAGUACGGGCCCACGAGUGCAACGAUCACGUGCAUAGGAGUCGAUUCGUUAUCUGACGAGAACAACGGAGCCAUGUGGGUUACUUCCGGCGGUAUAGGAUACAAUUUCAUCAAGAUUAAGUUCAGGUCGAAGUAUUCUAGGGGACUUCACUAUCGAGUCUACGUUUACGGGAAACCACACUUGGAGACAUGAUUUGUACAAAUUUUAUGCGAAUAGAUAAUAACUAUCGUUAUUUAUGAUCAUGUUUGUAUCCGUAGAUUAAGCUUCGAUAAAACCAUUUCUUUUAAAACGACUAUUUUCCCGUAUCCUUAUCUCCGGCGAUAGUGAACUUUGAUAAUACGAACGCGUUAAAAAAUUGCACUCUCGAAAUCAUUUGGAAGCGGCAAUUAAAUUUAUUGCAUGUUAUUCGCGGUUCAGAUCACCCGGUCAAUGAUGUAUUGUAAGUCAAGGUAAAAUUGAUGGUACAAAGUCCCCUCUGAUAACGUUUCUCCCGCUUAAAUUAAUAUGCAUAAUUUGAAAUUCACGGUGACUGGGAAUUUCUCGGGAAAGCAGGAAGUUUUGCGAGCUUUUCCUCGAAUUAACAAUAGCCGGGUCAAUCCCAAUUUUCUUUCCAUUAUUCUACUAAUCGCUUCCAGCGAUUACAUAAAAGAACAAAAAUAAAUUACCACUUAUUUUCCUGUUACAUCUGCAACUGUUUAUUAACCAUGCGUCAUCUCUUCAGAUAUGUACUUACUAGUUGCUAUUGCGGUAACAUGUUAUGACUACACGAGUACCAAUGAUCGUAAUAAAAAUAUGAGUGUUACGAGUGUUAUACUUUCCUGUACCAGAUGGCGUGUAAAAUCGAUUUUAAAAAUGUACCCUUACGAAUAAAAUUAUGGAGUCUUUGUAUAAAGAAAUACUUGUAUACGAUUAUAAAUUUAAGGAAAUACUUCGCAGUUAAUAAAAUAUCACAUCAAUGUUCCAAAUACUGUAUGCUGAUAUGUCCGACUGUAAUCCAAAUAUACUAUUCCGAAAUAAAGUCGUUAAACUGUCA